CUCUCUAAAGGCCACCAAAAACGAAAUCUUGCGAUACACGAAUACCUGUCUAUGGAACUUUUGAAUAAAUAUGGUGUAAAUACACCAAAGGGUGACGUCGCAAGAACACCUCAAGAGGCAUUCGAGGUGGCGAAGAAAUUAGGUACCGAGGACGCUGUAAUUAAGGCACAGGUCCUUGCCGGCGGUCGUGGUAAGGGUGUUUUUGAAAGUGGUCUUAAAGGCGGUGUUCGAACCAUCUCUUCUCCAACUGAAGCUGAAAUGUUUGCUAAACAAAUGUUGGGUUAUAAGCUCAUAACAAAACAGACCGGAUCAGCUGGAAAAAUAUGCAAUUCGGUUUAUGUUGUUGAACGCAAAUUUGUCCGUCGUGAAUACUAUUUCGCUAUUCUUCAAGAUCGAAAAACUCAAAGUCCUGUUAUUGUCGCUUCCUCUCAGGGUGGUGUCGACAUUGAAAGCGUUGCGGCUGAAAAUCCAGAAGCCAUUUUAACAUUAGGUGUCGAUGUCGAUGAUGGUUUGAAAAAAGACGAUGCCCUGUCUUUGGCAGAAAAGUUGGGCUUUUCUCCGAAAGUUCGCGAUGAGGCCGCUGAUAUGAUGCAGAAACUUUAUAAGCUUUUCAUAGACAAAGAUUGUACGCAAGUAGAAAUUAAUCCGAUGGCCGAAUCUGUAGAACAUGAAGUUUUAUGCAUGGAUGCAAAACUUAAUUUUGAUGAUAACUCGGAAUUCAGACAAAAAGAUAUAUUUGCCUUACGUGAUACCAGUCAAGAAGAUUCACGUGAGGUUGCCGCUGCAAAAUAUAACUUAAAUUAUAUUGUGAAUGGUGCCGGUUUAGCAAUGUCAACUAUGGAUAUUAUUAAACUGCAUGGUGGCGAACCAGCAAAUUUCUUGGAUGUUGGUGGUGGUGCUACUGCAGAGCAAGUGACUGAAGCAUUUAAAAUAAUUUCAUCAGAUCCGCAAGUUACUGCUAUUUUGGUUAACAUUUUUGGAGGUAUCAUGCGUUGUGAUAUUAUCGCUCAGGGCGUUAUUCAAGCUACUUCACAACUAUCAUUGACUAUACCCGUAAUUGUGAGAUUGCAAGGUACUAAAGUUGAGGCGGCCAAGAAACUUAUAGCUGAAUCCGGGUUGCGUAUAAUCUCUGUUGAUGAUCUUGAUGAGGCAGCUUCGAAAUCUGUACAAUUAUCAAAGAUAGUUGAGGUUGCAAGAGAAGCAAAUAUUAGAGUUUCUUUCGAGCUAGCUAUAUAA